GUACCAUCUAUGCUAUAUGCGUGCAUGUGUGUGCUGUGGAUGUCAUGUGUGUAUCAGUGUGUGUGGCUGCAUGCCUGCCAUUUCGCAGCAGCCAGCCAUUUGGUGAGGGUCUUCUUGGGUGGAUCACAGCUUGCUCUUGUACGGCGCGUCGUACGGCAUCCUGAUGAGGUCGCGCGGGACACUCGACACGUUCGUCGCACUGUUCACAUCACACACAGCCAACACACACACACAUAAGUGGCCAUCGUCCGCACCCCUUUUCCUUCCCCCAGCCACCCUCCCUCCCUCACCCCGAGAGCUUCAUUGCGAGUGAGAGUUCGUCCUUCAUCAUCUGCAGCACCUGGCUGACGCCCUCCUUGCCAUUGUACGUCAGGCCCCACAGCGCCGGCCGCCCAAACGCCACCGCCCUCGCCCCCAGUGCGAGCGCCUUGAGGAUGUCGGUGCCCCGCCUGAUGCCGCCGUCGAGGUAGACCUCGAUGCUCGUGCCUCGGAGGGCAUCGACCACCUCCUCCAACACCUGCAAACAGGACAGGACGACACACAUGCACUGGGGGUUCGUGAGUGACAAGGGGGGGAGAGGGGGGUUACGUCGAUGGUGGCGUCGACGCCGUCGAGCUGCCUGGCGCCGUGGUUGGAGACCCACACGGCGGCCACGCCCUGCUCCUUGGCCAAUAUGGCGUCCUCGGCAGUCAUGACGCCCUUGACGACAAUCGGCAGGUUGGUGAUCGACUUGAGCCACUUGAUGCUGACCAGUGAGUUGACACACAGACAGACAUACAUCUUGACGUCCAUUGCAAUGCAACCCUCCCACCACCCUGCAAAUGUCAUGUCCCCCACCUGUCCCAGGUCAGGGAUGCGUCGAAGAACUUGGUGGUGUAGGCGCUGAGUGCGCUCCUGGAGUCGCUGUGGUCGGCCAUGCCCUGCUUGGCCGCGAUCCUCACCGCCUCCCUCGCAUCGCUCAGGUUGGUGCCCUCACUGCCUAGCGUCGACUUGGCCUUCGGCGCCUCGAAGUUGGCCAACGACAGGCCGGUGGGCAGCGAAAACUGGUUGCGGAUGUCGGCAUUGCGCCUGCCGAGUGUGGGUGUGUCGACGGUGAGGACGAGGGCCUUGAAACCGGCCGCCUCGGCGCGCUUGACGAGGUCGUAGGUGAUACCGCGGUCGCUGCAUCCAUCAGCGGAUGGAUGGAUGGAUGGUGUGUGGUGAAUGGUGUGUGUGUUACCGAAAUGUGUAGAGCUGGAAGAAUCGGAGGCCUUCCCCGCCGCAGUUGGCCGACACGUCCGUGACACUCGUCGUGGCCAACGUCGAGAGGGUCAUCGCUGCCAGACAGACACACACCCAUACACACAGACGUCCACUGCAUCAUUCGUGUGUGAGUGUGUGUGUGUGCUUACGGAUGCCCAUUUCCUUGCACGCGAUGGCGACGCCCGUCUCGCCGUCGGGGUGGGCCAUCUUCUGCAUGGCCGUGGGGGACACUAUCAGCGGCAUGCUCACGUUGUAGCCCAGGAUGGACGUCUGUGCAUACACACAAAUGACACACACGGCCAUGCCUCUGCUCAGUGACCACCUGCACUCAUGUGGCACCUGACCUGCAGCUGGAUGUUGUCGACGUCGAUGAGAAACCGCGGGCGCAGUCGAAUGCGCUCGAAGGCGACACGGUUCUCACGGAGAGAGACCUCAUCGUUGGCACCCGAUGAGUAGUAGCCGUGGACAGCCUUGGUGAGCCUCUUGCUGCACAAACCAACCACAACAGACACACACGCACACAGACACACACACCAUCACACACGCAUCGCCAUGGCUGUGGUGAACGUGUGCGUACUCUGCAAUGCGCUCAAAGUCGUCGAGAUUGACUGGGACCGACUCCUCGGCGCUGGCCUGCACACACGGAGAGACAGAGGGAGAGGGGUGUGGCGCCAUCAAGUGUACAGGGGCACUGCAAAGGGGCCAGCGUGAGCAUAUGCCUUGCUGAGGCUGUCUAAGCGGGUCAGGCGUCCAGCGAAGGCUGCGACAGAACAGGCCGUCUCUCUAGGCCCUCUCUGACUUCCACAUCAAUCACUUGACUAGCUUGCUGCCGCUCCUAUCCCUCACUGCAUGGCCUUUCCCAGUGGCAGCCAAGAGCCUGAUCUUCCCUCACUGAACAAUGUGUGUUCGCUGCGCUUACUUUUGAUCUGCUCAUCGACAUAGCCACCCAAAGCACCAAGGCCGACACACCUGCCCUGUAGAUCUGACUGAAGGGUGCGGGGGAAUUGCGAGGCAAACAAGUCAACCGUCG